AUGAAGUACAUUGUGGUAUCUGGAGGCGUCAUUUCUGGGGCAGGGAAGGGCAUCGUCGCUUCGAGUGCAGGUCUGUUGCUCCAAAGCAAAGGGUUUGUCGUCAGCACCAUCAAGAUAGAUCCCUAUAUCAACAUCGAUUCGGGGACUAUGAGCCCACUCCACCAUGGAGAGAUCUUUGUGACAGAUGAUGGGGGUGAGAUAAGUCUUGACCUCGGCAACUUCGAGCGUUACCUUUCAACCACUCUCCAGCAUGGUCAUAACAUCACAACUGGGAAGAUCUAUCUAGAUAUCAUAUCUAGGGAGCGAGCUGGCGAUUAUUUAGGCAAAACUGUUCAGGUGGUGCCCCAUGUCACCAACGCCAUCCAGAAUUGCAUCGAACGGGUAGCGAAGAUACCUGUUGACGAAUCCCAAGCCGAGCCCGAUGUGUGUAUCAUUGAGCUAGGUGGUACCGUGGGGGAUAUCGAGAGUUCGCCCUUCAUCUACGCUCUUGCUCAGCUUCGAAAGAGGGUUGGCAAAGAAAACCUCGUUCAAAUUCACGUAGCUUACGUCCCUGUCGUGCCGCCGGGAGCUUCUGGUGAACAAAAGACGAAGCCGACUCAAAGAUCCAUUUCCGACGUUCGGAGCGCUGGAUUGAGUCCACUUCUAGUUGCCUGCCGCUGCGAGGUGCCACUAGAUCCAGGUACCAUCCAAAAAAUCGCGAAUAUGUGCUCAAUGGAACCGGAACAGGUUAUUUCCGUACACGACGGGCCAACUACAUAUCACCUACCGCUACUCCUCGAGAAGCAGAAUCUUCUCAGCAUCCUCUGUGAGUAUCUCCAACUUCCACUUGGUCAGACACCCACCCAGCGUAUCGAACAAGGCAGGCGCACGUGGAGUGACUGGGUUCACCUUGUUCAAAGCCAAGAUACUAUCACCGACACAGUCUCAAUCGCCCUUGUCGGGAAAUACACCUCCAAUAAAGAUGCAUACCUCAGUGUUUCCAAGUCAAUCGAACAUGCAGCCAUGUACUGUCACAAGAAAGUCAAGAUUGUAUGGAUUGACUCCGCGCAUCUCGAGCAGGAGACCUAUCAGAACUCUGCAGUCAAGUAUCACAAAGCCUGGCAUGAUCUCUGUAGCGCCAAGGGCAUUGUUGUGCCUGGUGGUUUUGGUACUCGCGCUACCGGCGGGAUGAUCAAGGCAAUCACAUGGGCGCGGGUUAAUAAAAAGCCCUUCCUGGGCGUAUGCCUCGGCAUGCAACUCACAGUGGUUGAAUAUGCCCGUCAUGUGAUGGGUAUCUCGGACGCUGGGAGCCAAGAGCUCCACCCAGAAUCCAAGAACCAUGUGAUCAUUCAUAUGCCUGAACGCAAUCAAGAGAAUGGCCGUGACACCAUGCGUCUGGGCAAGCAUCCAUGCAUCUUCAAGGAGGGUACUGAGUGGUCAAAGCUACGAUCGUUGUAUGGCCCCACGAUUUCUCAAAUUGAGGAGCGUCACCGGAACCAGUACGAAGUGAACCCGGAAAUUGUUGAGGAACUUGAGAAAGCCGGUCUUGCUGUUGUUGGCAAAGAUGCUACCGGCAAGCGUAUCGAGAUUGUUGAGAUUCGCGAUCAUCCCUUUUUCGUUGGUGUACAAUUCCACCCUGAAUACUUGAGCCGUGUGUUGCGGCCGAGCAAGGUGUUUCUCGGCUUCUUCGCUGCGGCGGCUAAGUGCUUGGAGAAAAUACCUAUGGCAUUGCAACAGGGCCGGCGAAGCCUUGCGGAAGAAGAUGAAGAAGCGAUGGGCAACUUUUGA